GCAUUGGCAGGCGGAUUCUUAACCACUGCACCACCAGGGAAGUCCCUAAAUCUGUGCUUUAUUCAUUAUGUUUUUUUCAAGAAACAUCACAAGACAAGACAUCACAAGCUUACCAAGAGCUAACAGUUCAGUUGGGUAUUUCAAGUUUACUUGGUGAAAUUGGGAAAAGUUUUCAAAUACAGUACCUAAGCCAAAAUACUCUUGGGGGUAUGGGAAUUCGAGGGAGCUUGGAAACACACUUACUGAGUGACCUCGUCAGACUGGCUAUGUGAAGAGGAAAAAUCUGAUUCCCCCAUUGUCUGACUUGAUUUCCUUUUUUCCUUUGCCUGAGCCAAUGAGAUGAUAUGCUGUGAGUCACCAGAGUGAGGAGUAUGAGCUACUCCAGAAAUGACAAUGCCAAGGAGAAGGUGAAUUACAGAAAGACCAGAGUAGUGAGAGCAGCAAGAACCACACCUGGCAACGAUGUCAGCGGAACUGGAGACCUCAGAGGGGGUGGAUGAGCCAGAGAAAAAGAGCUCUGGGGCCCCAGAAAAAGAAAACCACACCAGGAUGGCGGACCUCUCCGAGCUCCUGAAGGAAGGGACCAAGGAAGCGCAUGACCGGGCAGAAAACACCCAGUUUGUCAAGGACUUCUUGAAAGGCAACAUCAGGAAGGAGCUGUUUAAGCUGGCCACCACUGCACUGUACUUCACAUACUCGGCACUUGAGGAAGAGAUGGACCGGAACAAGGACCACCCGGCCUUUGCCCCCUUGUACUUCCCCUUGGAGCUGCACCGGAAGGCGGCGCUGAUCAAGGACAUGGAGUAUUUCUAUGGUGAGGACUGGGAGGAGCAGGUGCAGUGCUCCGAGGCCACCCGAAAGUACGUGGAGCGGAUCCACUGCGUGGGGCAGAAUGAACCAGAGCUGCUGGUGGCCCACGCCUACACCCGCUACAUGGGGGACCUCUCAGGGGGCCAGGUGCUGAAGAAGGUGGCCCAGCGGGCCCUGAAACUCCCCAGCACAGGGGAAGGGACCCAGUUCUACCUGUUUGAGAAUGUGGACAAUGCACAGCAGUUCAAGCAGUUCUACCGGGCCAGGAUGAACGCCCUGGACCUGAACCUGAAGACCAAAGAGAAGAUCGUGGAGGAGGCCAACAAGGCCUUCGAGUACAACAUGCAGAUAUUCAGUGAACUGGACCAGGCUGGCUCCUUGCUGGCCAAAGAGACCCUGGAGGACGGGCUCCCUGUGCACGAUGGGAAAGGAGAUGUGCGGAAAUGCCCCUACUACGCUGCUAAACAAGACAAAGGUGCCCUGGAGGGCAGCAGCUGCCCCUUCCGAACAGUCCUAGCUGUACUGAGCAAGCCCAGCCUCCAGUUCAUCCUGGCUGCCAGCGUGGCCCUGGCUGCCGGCCUCUUGGCCUGGUACUACAUGUGAAGGACCCACCACCCAUGCUGGCGCCCUCCUCCUGACCACUGGCCUGCCCUUACCUCCACCCACGACCAAACUACCACCUCAGGUGACUUUUUUUUAAUGCUGGGCUUGAGAAAACAAGCAACCAAUAAAAGCCAGAUGCUAAAGCUUUUGCCUGUCAGCAUCCCAUCUGUGGGCCAAAUGCGGACCUGGGUGCAGGCCCACCCUCCCUGCAGCCCCCAGGCCACGGCAGCAGGAGCAGCCAGUGCAGCUCAGUGGGCCAGCCUGGGCCUCUGGAACCAGCUCUGCUGCUGGGGCACCCACACCUCUGACCCCAAGGCUCUUUCCCUCUGCUCUUCCUCGUCAUGUUGGCAUUUAGGUGGGUAUCUUUCCCCUGUUGGGAGUGGAGUAGCUAGCAAGUUCAGGCUCCCAUAGCCCUGGGGUCGGGGGGGCUCCCUAGAUGUGGCUGCUCUUCUGCAGGACCUCUCCUGGGGGCAGGGGCCAGGAAAGAGGCAGAAGCCAGGCUUGCACCCUGCCUCAGAGGCCCUGGGAGCUCUGUCCUGGGUCGCCAGUCCUCAUGCCUCUCAAGCAGAAACCUGAGUGGGGUCUGUUUGCCCAUGGCCUGUCUUCUCUAACCUGUGGAAAUGCUACUGCACUCAAUAAAAUGGACUCUGACAGCUGC